CAUAGAAAGCUGCAGCAAGAAACGAACAAGAAUAUGAACAACGAACUCAAACAGAAAGUUGAAUCCUGUUGUAAGACGGCUAAUGUCUUUACGCGAUUAUAUUAUGCUUCUUUGGACAAGCAACGACAUAAAACGGGUCGCUUUUAUUUAGAUACUGCGACCGUCAGUUGGAACGGCAAUGGCGCUCAGGGUCGAGAAAGAAUUGAGCGCUUCUUUCUGGAGUUACCGAGUUCGCAUCAUCAAUUGACCACUUUUGACUCCCAGCCCUUACUGGAUGCAGCUGUGGGAAAUCCGUCGACGUAUGGGAUCUUGGCCGGCGGAACGGUUAAAUACGAUGAGCAACCAAUCCGAAACUUUCAGCAAUCCUUCGUAAUAAUUGUCGAGAAUGAUAAUUGGAAAAUUGUCUCGGAUUGUUACAGAUUGCAGGAGCCAUUACCACAAGCAUUUAGUUCCUGCAAUUAAUUAAAAAAUCGACUAUUAAAGCGGUGUUGAUUAAAAAGUUCGUUGUUUUAAUUGUUUAAAAUAUCCACCCUUUAUA